GCUUCAGAUCUGUAUACUGACGGAAGGCGGAACCAAGUUGUCCAUAGUAUAUAUACAGUCUAUGAAGCAACCUGCUGUUAUCUUGCAGAGAACCAUAACCUAGGACUUGGAAGUGUAGAUGCUCAUCCUAUCUUCUUUGCACUCAUCUCUAAAAUGCCCUAAUGACAUUGUGAAACCCCCAAACCAGAGACCCUUAUCCCGUCAGCUCAAAAGUCAUGCAAAGGGUGAAGAGUUUGUCCACUGUGUCAGGACAAAAUCUGAUGUUUCUCUUGAGGUUCACCAACCAGCUGGAGAAAAAAGCUUUCUCAGGGGGCUUGGUGGUGUGAUAUCUGAUAGUUGGAGCUAGCCUGGCCGGGCCAUCCUGUUGCGUGAAUCACUUGAUGUUCCUUUCCACCACAGUCUGGACUUCGGCCCAUAGGGAACGUGUAUUCCCAAUCAGAAAAUAAACUGGCCAAUCAGAGACCGUGUUUCCACUGUUACCCGGACAACAGGGAAAGGCAGCCCCUGAUUGGUCCAUGUGUAGUGGCGAUGUCUAACACAUGCUGCGGGACUUUUCAAAGCCCUGUUCAUUCAGAACAGGGCUGGCAGCAGCCGUUAAUUCUGCAGUUGACUCUGCAAAAUCGGCAGAAAUCGUUUAUAUCCGACGUCUUCUGCGGAUCUAAACUAUUUCUGCUGACUUUGCAGAGUCAAAGGGAGGGGGAUUCCCAUUUCCCUCUAACAUCCAUGAUCAUUGCGACAAAAUGUAGUAUUUUCACCUAAAAAAUCCAAAACUACAAAUGGGAAGGAAGGUGGGUGUACUUACAAAGCAUAUAUCCAUCAUCUUUUACUCCGUUUUCUAACUGUUAUUGUAUUAGUUUAAGUUUCUCUUGUACAAAUAAUCAAUGUUCAACAGCCUCCUUUCAUUGAACAACAUGGCCAUAAACAAUUAAAGUCAUAGCCGCAGGGAUUUUCUCCAUCAUCUAGACUCCUGUACACAAACCUGAACCUAAAAUGACGCCUGAAAUUACUUACACCAAUUUUCAGAUUGACAUUCAUGGAGCUAACCCAAAUUCAUGAUCUUAUAAUCCAACUGUUGUCUGUAGUCUGCUGAAAAAAAAAGAAAAAAGAAAGAGUGACACAUGGCCUGGAUGACAAUCACGUCAGUGCUGAGGAGCUUUCUGAUUGGCUUGUUCAGAUAGACAGCGCGCUUUGACAGACGUAUUGUGGUGCAGCCUCUAGUGUGUUGCUAAAUACAGACACAGAGGAAAAGAAAAACAAACACUUUACAGACACAUUAUUCAUCGCCUUUAGAUGGGCGUGGAAAGGCGAGACGGGUGUUGCCUGCUGUCUGUUUGGACUAAACGAAUGAGUGAAUUUUUAUCUUUAAUCCUAAAUAAAGAGGAAUGACAUCUCAGCAAAAAAUGGUUUAAACUCACAGACAGUUUUUUUUUUUUUUUUUACAUAAUAAAUAAAACUCUAAAACAGUGACCUCAUCUCUAUUGCCGACUUCAAUUCAAGGUAUAAUUUUCUACAGCAUCCAUAAAUGUUCUUUUAAUCAUCAUCGAGAGAAUACAUUGAAUAAAAUACAAUUUACAUUAAGAAAAUAGAUUUAAAGUUUACCAGAAUGAAAUCCUGCAAAUAUCAGGGAGCAUCAAUGUGGAUGUGUGUGAAAAAAAUUCUGACUGAAGCCUCAGGAGGAGCUUCAACUCACAUGAGAAAGGCACAGCCUCUCUAAACCGUUGACCUUACAAAUGAGGCGUGCUGCAUCAUUGUACGAAUUGGUGUUUCUGGGCGGUGCAAAGUGGAGUAGAGCACAUCAGAGUGCAGGAUAUCUGAGCAGAGCAGAGCACAGAGAGGCAGGCACAUCCGCCGCUGCUGCUGCUGCAGGGAUCAAAUCUGUACCAUCUGACGCUCAAGGAUUUAUGGGUUUAGUCAAAAUUGCUUUUCCCACUGUGGAGAUUAAGCACCGUAGGAUGUUUUCUACUCGGGCCGUAGAAUAGUGAGGCUGCUGUUGCUGCUACUGUUGCUGCUGCUGCCACCGCUGCUGCUGCUGUUUCUUCUCUCUUAUCGGCUCCGGAGCUGGAGAGGGGGAUGUCACAGGACGGCAGAGUGAUCCAAACCCUGCAGGGGAGACGAUUCUGACUGACAGGAGAGAUCCGUUCUCUGGGGAAUGUGAACCAUGCAGGUGGAUACUGUACUUGUGCUCUUCUGCAUUUGGCUUGUUGGUGCAGCGGGGAAGAUGGUCCAGCCGAGGGGUCACAAGCUGGAGACCUACAAACAGAGCAGGUACUGCCCAAGGAAUCACUGAUAUACCAAAGAAAAACCCCAGAUUGUAUGCUUUUAUUUUUUAAAUGGAAUAUAAGGUUGUUGUUUUUUUAACUGCUCUUUAUGUCUGAACCUCUUUUGUAUUUAUUUUCUUUUAAGAGAUGCAGUAUUUUAAUGUUUACAUGAUGUUGUCUGGUGUUUCCUGAGUCACCUGUGCUGCCCCCUCCCUCUCUGAAAAAAAGACUUUUUCAGAUGGCAGAUUGGAGAGAGAGAGAGAGAAAGAGAAAGAGAGAGAGGGAGGGAGAGAGGGAGACCUAAAUCCCUACAUCUAUUUAUGUACUACUAGUGAAAGCUGUGUUCUCUUGCCCCACAACUGCCUCAGGCCAGUUAAUGACUGUUUGCCCCACCGCCAGCAGUUGUAGUCAAUGUCAUUUUCAGGUGACUAUUUGGGCUAAUUGCUCCGUCGUCAAUGCACCCUUUGGAUUAAGUGUUUCAGGGAGGACUGAACCAGAUUUGGGAAGAGUUACAGCGUCCAAAAUUUCCCCCAAGAAUUGAUUCAACAAAAAGAGACUUUAGAGGUGAAUUAAAAAAGGACUUCUUUUGUUGGUUUAGUAGGAUAUAUGUUUUUAUAACAAUUAAUACGACAUUACUUUUAAAUUAAACAAAGAACUAGGCACCAAUUUCAUAAAAGCUAGGGAAUAGAGACUUCUUGGAUAAAUACUGCCAGUUAUGUUCAACAGAUGCAACAACACCUGGAGGCUAUUUCACUUCAGAGCAUUUAGAAAAACAGCCAGUGGAUUAUUAGUGCAGAUUAUUCCAUUUAUUUUUAAACCUUUGCCGAGGGCUAAAAGUAUCAAGUCACAAAUGUUGCAUACUAAUAACAGUCUGAUACCAAGAGGAUUUCUUUAUACUAUUAACACAAAUACAAAUGAAUACAGAUAGGGAUGACAUUAAUUUACUGUGUGAAAAGUUAUACAUGAACAUCCCUAAAAUGGCAGAACUGUGCCUAUACAGUCCAGUGUUAUAACGUAAUCCUUGAGGUUUAUUAGAAAACCAAAUGUGAUCAUUAUUCCAGCCACUGAGUCACGAUGAGUAAACCAAAGACUGAAAGAAUGAACGUCUCUGUGCUGCAAAAUGAUCCAAAUUCGUUUAGAUAUGAGAGUAGGAUUAAUUCUAGUUCUUUAAUUAAAUUAAUAACCCCUAAUGGCUUUGAACGUCUAUCGAAAGCAAUAUGAGCUCAGUGAAUAGAGAUAAGGCUGCAACUUAUAAUGCCCUUCAUUAUUGAUCACUGUGAGGAUUAUUUCUCAAUUAAUCUCUUUAUUGCGUGCUUGAUAAAUGUCUAGCACAUCACAUUUCAUGGGCCUUGUUCGAAAUCAUUAUAUGCUCCUCUUUUCCACCAAGCAGUUAAUGUAAAAGAUUUCCAGUCCAGAUUUAUUCAUAUAAAAAAAAUCUACAAAUGCUACACAAAGUGCUACACCAUCAAACACGAAAACUGAAAUGAACACAGUUAAAAUCAAAAUAGUAAAAAGGUUGUCAUAGAUAAAGCAGCAGUCCUGACACUUUGGGCAUUUUAGCCCUUUAGAAAUCCUGAUUUUACUCAUCUUUCCUGGAAACCUGCAUCUUUAUAACUCUAUGAAUCCACUCAUUGACUGACUGAAAUAUCUAUUCAGCUCCAUGAGCAGAGCUGCAAUGUGCCAGUCAACAACAACAUAACAUUUUAGCUAUAAAUUUCCUAUGAAUACAGAGUGUAGACUGUACUGUUUUCUAGCUUUUAUGUCAGCAGAUGCUGUAUUGAACUUAUCAGCACCGAGUACAAGAAUACCCCGAGGCACUAUAGUCUGAAACUGUCUUUACACAAAUCUCUGGAGGAGAUGCAAACCAAGUUCAGUGCCAUACUUCACACACAGCUAUCAGCGUUGAAUGAUUUGCAUCCACUUAAUAUAUUCAACAAACCCUGUCAAAUGAUAAUCCUUCUGCAGCACCACCGUUUAUGUUGUAACUGUCGUUAUUUAUAGAUCAGACGUCAAGCAGCAAUCCGGUCACUAUUAAGAUUCUGAUCCAUCUUAGUCAAAUGAGUGUGUUUGACAUUACUCUACCUAUUGGUUCUCAUAUAUGAAAAAACAUCCGAUUGCAUGUCAAGCAGCAGUGAUCUUAUUGAAAGGCCAUUUGUGCUAAAUCUAAACAAUCCUCCAUGAAAUUGCUCCCGUUUUAAGUGAUCCUCUCAGCCCUAAGGUUAUUAAGAUGAUCAUUACGUAUAAGAGGAGCACGGUCGUAAUCAUCUGUGGAAAAUCUUCAAAAGAAAGAGAGCACAAGUGGCUCAAAGCCGCUCUGUAAUCUCCAAACACCAGCUUCCCCCUUGUUAUCAAAUCUGUGCUUCACUGUUCUUUUACACAAACUAGUUAAAAGUCUGCUCACAGCUCUCUCUCUUCUCUGCCGACACACACAGCCGGAGAAUACAAAUCAAAUGUAAAUCUCUCAUUCCUCUUUUUGGUAGGUGGGGAGGGAUCUGAGUGUACUUAUGCGGGAGUCAAACUCUGCCUCUCUUCGUUCCUCACCGCACCGCUCCUCCUCUCAUGAGUGUGAAAUUGCUGAAGCGGCUGGAGGCUGCUGGUGUGGGUUGUGGGAGUUUUUCCACCAGCCGACUUUACUCAGAUUUUUCUUUUACUCGCCGCCUUGAGGAGGAUGAACGAGGAAAGAGGGAUUUGUGUAGGACAGCACGGUCCCACACACGGAAACAUCAGAGGGGAAAACCCUAAUGAGUUUUAGAGGAUGAUUUUUGUUUUUUUGUUCUAGCUGGAGAAUUUUUGGGUUAGAAAAACAUAUUUAACGCUUCAAAUAAAUCAUGCUAUUUUUUCCCAGAGAUCCCUUCCUUAAGUUUUCUUUCACACUUCAACAUCUCAAAAAAAUAAAAAAGACAUAUCUGAAUUCAGUGCAACUUACAGCAGUGCCAUAGCAGCAUAUUACUGUUCAAAGGCAUAAUCCGGUUGUUGACUUUAAAUUUGCAGUUUCUUUUUCCAGUUUGUCCUCUUUUGAAGACAGUCUUAUAGUUGCUCUGGAAAAACAGCUUUUUGCAACACAUUUUCAUGAUAACAGUAGGGCUACUUGUGGAUUCUGCGUAAGGUUGCACUAUCUGCAGGUGCUUGUCUAGACUGGAUGUUGGUAGUGAAAGUGUUAGUGGUUGGGUUAGUGUCACUAGUUCACAUUUCUGCAGGCUUGUCUAACCACAUAUGAGAAAAUAAUCUGAGUGGAAAUGAAAUGAUAGCUGAUAAAUCCUGAGACUAGCUGCUGCUGAUGUUAUUGUGAUUUGAGAAGGUCAAAGUAGAGAGAAAGUAGAAAGAGAGAGGAAGCCAGUUGAGGACGGAGGUCAGGGUUGCUGGAUGUGUCAGUUCUGUCACUGAGGAGACUAAUGUUGACUUAUUUACUCAUCAUAGGGUGACGCCCCUUAAAUUGCAUUUUCUAAGUGAUGUAACCAAAGCCCUUAAACGAGUUCCUGACACAUUCAACAUUAUUUGAGGACAUUGAAGACUUCGAAUGAUAGAAAUUCAUCAAAGAACAUAUCUGGAAAAAAAAGAAACUGACAACUACAAAAACAGAAAAACAGUGAAGCUAAGCUAGCUGGUGAUAGUCAUGGCUAACUUUGAUCAAGGCUACUUUUGCUGACUUUUAUAGAGGUAAUAGUCUCUAAAAUAUCUGCCUUAUUUCAGCUUGACUGGCUAUUAGUCGGCUAGUCUAUCACAUGAACUUUAAGCAAACUGUAAGAAGAAGCUGAAGUUCAGAGCGAAAAUUAUAGUAAUAUAUCAUAUUUUAAAGUGCUAAAUAGUGAUUUUUGUGAUUCUCAGAAAAAAUAAACCCAAACUCUUACGACUGCUCUUAGCUGCCUGGUACAGCCAAUGAUUUUGUGCUGAUAUAACUGUGAGAAUAGAUAAACUGAAGACGUCAUGUUACUUAUCUAUUGUAUGGUACAUCAUGUGAGCUUUGAACCCUUUUUUUCAGUUUCCCCUGAUUUGAAAUGGCCUCAGUGUGUCAGGAAUAGCCUCAGUCUGUAAAACUGUGUCCCUUUAACCCUGACCCCAACCCUACAGGGAUAAAUGCACACAGGUCCUUGGCUGCAGAGCAGCAGUAGCAGUGUUGGGCCACACAGAGCAUAGCAGUGUGCAGACAGUCGAUGGUCUGCUGUGAGUUGUAGGCAGGCAGAGAGAGGGAUUGGAGAGGCCUUGCUGCCAAGAGGAUUAGGAACCAGCUGCUGGAUGGAUGCAGACGAGUAGCACACAUUGAGCCCUGCAAAAAGCUGCAGCAACAUAAUAAAAACCCCUCUCUGACUGUUUCAUUUUGCUCUUGUCGUGUUUUUUUUGUGCUGUCCCUCCACCUCUCCCCUCCCUUUUUCUCUUCCUCUGUAGUGUUUUCUUAAUGCAUGUCUGUGGUGGUUGCAGGGAUUUGGCCCUGUCUGUCACAGCAUGCUCUACUCUAAUAAUCCAUUUUAGGGCUGUUUGAAUUCUUUUUUCCUCUGCCUGACACUCUCUGCUUUUGGCCUGAAAAUGCAGCUUUAGUCUAGCACAGCUCUCUUAAAAUGUGAGUAAAUUGUAAAGCUGGCCUUCUCUAAAGAGGAUCUGAUGAGGAAAUGUUCUCUUGUCCUUUUUAUGCGAUUCAAAGAUCAGAAGUGUGUGAUGUAAGAGGAUGUGCGACAUCGACUUACAAAGUGAACAUAAUACAAAUUAUUGUUCCGACUCUAAACACAUGUACUCUAGAUUAAGACCAAAAAUGAAGUCAUCUUUUGUUUUGGAUAUAAAAGAUUUCCUCUGUAUUUGUUUGUCUGCAGAUCAUUUCAUAAUAGGCCUUUUUAUUUCAUAAACAGGGAGUGAUAAACUGUUUUUUUAAGCUGUUACAGUCAUUAUAACUUCUUCCAGACAGAGCUGACAUCUUCUAUUGUCUCAUUUUGACAGUUAAAAACUCCCAAACCCUUUUUUGUCACAGUUUACAGUCACGGAUGACAAAGAAAAGCGAUAAAUCCUUUCCUCUCAGAAACUGGAAGCAGAGAAUGAUUCCCUUUUCUCUCUGAGGAAGAUUACUGGAUAAUCAAAGUCCUAGCAGGAUAGUCUUCUGUGGAUAAACUGAUCAAGCUAACUCCUACUUGUUGAAGCUCUGCGAGUUCAGUCAGUGGCUUAAAAUAGAAACCUUGUAAAAGAUAGAGGGGAGGUUAAAGAGAGGAUGGUUAUAUAGUCUUAGAUAUCUUGAUUCUCUGAUACUUUAUCAAGCUGCUGGCAUAUCUUUCUCACACAGGCUGCGAAGAGACACCAACAUGGACGGGGGUGGAGGUCACAAACCUGGAGGGUGAGUUUUAAAAAUCUUUAGAAGUUAAUGAAAAAUCAAUAAAUAUUGUUUUUUUUUCUUUUGCUAAUUACUUUCAAAACGAGGAAGAAUCACUAUUUUAUUUCAUUUUUAUCUCUCUCUCACAGCCCAAUUUUCAAGCGCAGCCCAGAUAUGACAAAAUCUCCAAUGACCAAGUCUGAACAACUCCUGAGAAUAGAUGACCAUGAUUUCACCAUGAGGCCGGCAUUUGGAGGUCAGAAAGCUGUUUUGUUUACUUCUUCCUUUGUUUGUUUAGCUCAGAAAUUCCUCUGCACGUGAUCGCAGCUCAGUGAGGACGCUGCAGAGACUGUAUGGGCGCAGCUGGAUGAGAUCCGUGCGGCGGACAUCGCUCCAAGCCUGUGUGCAUUAAGCUCUUGGAGAACUUAAUGACACCAUCCAUGCAAGCUGUGCUGGAAUUUCCGAUUGCAGCAGCUCAGUUCUUUACAUCACAAGAGUGUAAAUACAUGCCCUUAGAUCAGUGUAUAUUACGGGGAUUUCAUGUCAGCUUUUUUUGGCUGUAGGAUUAAGCUGAGAUAAAGUCACACAGGCAUUUGUUUGCACAAGACAAUAAUGGAAAAUGAUUCUUAAUCUUCUUGUCUUUAAUGGCAAAUAGCUACAAACAGAAAAAAAAAGAUCCUCCAUAAGGGAAUUCUUUUUUCAGAGAACCGCGUGCUGAUAUAUUACAGCACAACUGCGAGUAAUCACACGACAAUUCGUUUCUGAAAAUAAACCAUGUGACCCUCACAGCAUCCUUUCACUGCAUCUGAUUCCCAACAUCAAGUGCUUCUCAGCUGCGAGAGAGUUGGAUGUUAUCCAACGCCACAUCAACUUUGAUCUGUUAUUGUGACCCAAUUGUGUUGGUGUACUAUUGGAGGAUGAUGAUGCCGAAUAUAAAAGGCGGAAAUAGGUCAAAAGUAGAAUGCCAGCCUGUACGGCAGAUUCGUGGCGCCGACGUUUGCGCUGUGUCUGUGUGAUUCAUCAUUCCUUUUUAGAAAAACAAUCACCAAAAAAAGAAAUGUACCAAAAAUCCCUGCAAAGGUCAUGUUGACUGUCACAGCUAAAAUCCCCCUAAGCAGCACAUUUAACAAGCUUUCGUGAUGAAAAAUAACACUUCUGUUUCUCAAAUGCUUUGCUGAUUCAGGUCCUCCAAUUCCUGUUGGUGUGGAUGUCCAGGUUGAAAGUCUGGACACCAUCUCUGAGGUGGAUAUGGUGAGUAUGAUGAAGUUGAUUUUUGGUUUGUAUGCUAUUUUGCAGGUUGCAAGAUUAAAUAUUAGUGGUUGACAAUGAAGUGCAUUAACCCAAGUAAGAUUUUACAAAUGUACCUAACCCUAACCCUUUUUUUGCGCCGUCCAACAGGACUUUACCAUGACACUAUACCUGCGCCACUACUGGAAGGAUGAGCGGCUGUCGUUCCCGAGCACCAACAAUCAGAGCAUGACCUUUGACAGUCGGCUGGUGAAGAAGAUUUGGGUUCCCGACAUGUUCUUCGUCCACUCUAAACGCUCUUUUAUCCACGACACCACAACUGAUAAUGUCAUGCUGAGGGUUUACCCUGAUGGCAACGUUCUCUACAGCCUCAGGUAGACACAUCGGUGUGGGACUGUCUGGUAUGAACUUGAAAAAGUAGGAAAAACCUGAUUUUCAUUGUCGGUUUAUUUCUGUUUUUCCCAGAGUCACUGUCACUGCCAUGUGCAACAUGGACCUCAGCCGCUUCCCUUUGGACACCCAAACCUGCUCGCUGGAGAUUGAGAGCUGUAAGUAAACUGAUCACAAAAAUCUGAAGAAAUCCAGCAACACAGUGACUUUUUCCCACCAUGAACACACUGAUCCAUCCACAUUAUGCUUGGUUUAAAUAACUUCAUAGCCAGGAAACACAUUGCCAUGAACUUUCAUAUCUAAGCACCAUGAUCAAGCCUAAGCUUGUGCGUGACAACCUUUUGACCCUCACGCACUUCUCAUUUUUGCUAAAAUGUCAAGUUUGCUGAGCAGAAUCUCAAAUAUAUCUCGCCUCCAGUGUUUGGGUGCAUCUAUGUUUGGCUCCUCAUAUAUAGCAAAGCUCAAAGACAUAUUCAGAGGGUGCAAUUGACACAGCAAGACAGAAGGGAUUGUGUUUUGGGCUUUAGCUCUGUGGGCUUUUAUUUUUUUCCACAGUAACAUUCCACAUUCUCCCUCUGUCCUGAUUUGGCGUCAAAACAAAGCUACUUCACUCUGCGUCUUUUCCCUGCAGAUGCAUACACAGAUGACGACCUGAUGUUGUACUGGAAGAAAGGUAAUGAAUCCCUCAACACCGACGACAGAAUAUCUCUGUCCCAGUUCCUCAUCCAGAAAUUUCACACCACCACCAAGCUGGCUUUCUACAGCAGCACAGGUACUGUAAUCCACAACACAGGCACUUUUUAAUGCAAGCAGCAAACUAAACUGAUUAUGCAAAUUGGCUUGACUGGUGCAUCAUGCAUGUAAUAACUACAUCACAAUUGAGUUUCAACUUCAAUGCGUCUCAUUUUACUCGGUAAGCCUUUUCCAACUCAAGUAUUAAGUGUUACUUACAUGUUAUCAUGUUUCCACUGAAAGUGACACUGUUAGAAGUGCAUAAAUAUUGAAUCCUUAAAGUGAGACGAAAAGAGUCCAAUUAUUAUCACCUACUUGUCCAAAGCAGAGGCUGUAAAGCCAGUGUAAAAGCCCGGUGGUCCUCUGCAAGUCACUUCGGCUCAACAUGAACCACCAUACAGAUUCUGGUGUAUCUUUUCUCACCACAAUAGCAGCGAACCUCUGCCUGGAGUCUUUGUUAGCUUUAUCAGCAGCUUACAUGUCCAUGUAACAUCAAUGUUCUUUGACUUUCCAGGCUGGUACAACCGCUUGUAUAUCCACUUCACCCUGCGGCGCCACAUCUUCUUCUUCCUGCUGCAGACUUACUUCCCCGCCACUCUGAUGGUCAUGCUGUCGUGGGUGUCCUUCUGGAUAGACCGCAGAGCCGUCCCUGCCAGGGUGCCGCUAGGUAGAUAACAAAACAAAAAGAGGAUUUUGAGACAGACGCAAAGUAAGAAAUGUAUGAAUGCCCCUAGAUAACGUGGGGAAUCAGGCCAGCAUAGUAGAGUGGUUUGCAACAUAGCAGUGACCACAAAUUUAAGAGAUUUAUUAGAUGUCUUUUGGAGAGUUGGAUGAGAAGUGGUUGUCAGUGGUAAAAAUGGAACAGAGAAAAGAAGCUUUAGAGAGGCUGGUUGGCUUAUCUUAGCAUUAGAGAAAUACCAGGAGGAAAAGAGCUGUCAGUGUAAGAUAUAACAAAGAAAAUAAUGCUCAGAAACAGAUUUCAAGAAGUGAGCUUUCGCUGUUAGCUUGCAUUGCUUCCAUUUAUAAGCCUCUUGUCAUAACGUUAGCGAGCCUUCAGUUGUGUUACCUUGAAAUGUGUCUGUGUUUCAGGUUAAAUCUCUCCAUAAAUUCAUUCUUUGAUUUACGUUUCAUGCUCUGUGUGGAUCAAACAAGAUGUGACGCCUGAACUAAUGAGCGUCAGAGAUGCUAACAGGCUGAUGCACCUAAACUCAGACAGAACCUGCCUGCUGUGUCUCCUCUCUGGUAAAUAGAGUCUCUGUGUGACUAAACUGUUUGCGUGCUUUACUCCAGGCAUCACCACAGUGCUUACCAUGUCGACAAUCAUCACCGGGGUCAAUGCCUCUAUGCCGCGCGUCUCCUACAUCAAGGCGGUAGACAUCUACCUCUGGGUCAGUUUUGUAUUUGUCUUCCUGUCUGUGAUAGAGUACGCGGCAGUCAACUACCUCUCCACGGUGCAGGAGAGGAAAGAGAGGAAACUGAGGGAGAGAGUAAGUGUGAAUUCAUGGGAUUUUUGAUUAUUUACCUGCAACGUAUAAUGUGUCAUAUAUGUGGCUUACUUCACCAAACCAAACCAAUGCAAUGAUCAAUGUUCGAAUGUGAGUGAGCACAGACUUUAUAUCUUUGGUGAAACUACUUUUGGUUGGACUUUUUCAAGAUAAGGUUGAAGUUUUAUCCCUGUUUACACCAAGGGUGUAUGAUGGAAGUUUGAUCUUUAGAUUUCGCUCCUUUUUCAGUUUUGAAAGCUAAAAUAAUUAAACAAAUGUUACUCAGCCAUUUUGCAUGAAUAAUAGAUUAAAAACAGCUUGACUUUGAAAGAGCAUUUCAUGUCUGUUUGAUGGUUUGCGUUCUGGUAAGGUUCAAAAAUGUAAAGCUGCAGUGGGCAUCGUAUCCCUUUACUGUUGCUGUGUAUGGUCCAUUGAUUAUUUUCCAGUCAGGUUGAUCAUUAAAAUAAGUGUAAAUAUCUUUCACAUGCAAUUAUAGUCACAGAGAUCCCCUAAGUUUUAAUUAAUGCUAAAAUUUAAUUUAUGACAUGCAUAAUCUUGCCAUGGGCUGAUGAAUUUUCCCAACAGUUAAAUGGUCCACUGUUGAAGAUCUAAUUAAAGUUUUUACAUUCCUAAAUAUCUGCAAAUCUGAAAAGUUUCUCAUUAAAAUAAAAAAUAAAACAAACACGUACUGACUUUCCUCUGAGCCCAAACAGGAUUUUGUUGACCUAAUUUUAUGUAGAAUAUUUUACAUAUCAAAAUAUCUCAAAACCAGCGGAGACACAAAUCAAUUAUUCAUGUUCCUUUCCAAAAGGCAGAUGAAUAUUUUCAAAAUUGGAUCCGUUUAAGCUCUCGGGGCUACAGCAAAUUAUUUCUGGGACUACAGCUUGUGUACUAUACUGCUAUUCUUCAACUGCCAAAUGCUGCAGCAUAUGGAGCCAAAUUGCCCACGUACCCUGGGGAUCAUUUCCAGCACAAACAUCCUUCUAUAAAUGUUUCAUGCCAAAGUUAUUAAGAAGCACUGAGUGUGCAGAAAAUAUGCUAAACAUUUAACAAACAAAUGUAUUCAUUUUCUCCUUCAGUUGGUCUCAAAGAGUUCACAAUGAGCAGAUUUCGAGCUGUCAAAAUGAUUUCUUGUUUCUCUCCUACAGCUGCCGUGUACUUGUGGUAUUGGCAACCCGGACGAGAUGAUGAUCGACCCCCAGAUCACUGGCUAUGGGUCAAUGGAUAUGAACACAACAGGGACUUAUGGGAUGCCAGAGAACGGCGGACGUCAGGAGCCGAGAAUGUUGGCUCAAGUGGCGCUCAACGACCCACAGAUCACGGGCCAGGUGAAGCCGUCCAGGGGCUACGUGAACAUUUGGAUAGACACCCACGCCAUAGACAAGUACUCCAGGGUUCUGUUUCCUGGAGCGUAUAUCCUCUUUAACAUCAUCUACUGGUCCAUCUACUUGUAACCCAGGAGACGUCCCUUAUGAGACUCUACGAGCUUGGCUUGAUUGUUUUAAAGCAGGAAACUAAAAUUGACUAUGAGGCUUUUCGGACAGACUGCUCAUUAAAUGCAUGGGGACCACUGACAGAUUGGGUACCAUUGCCUUUUUGACCCAGCCACUUAAAACUGAAGAGUAAAGAAAUGAGCUAUGAACAGGAUUGUCUCUCAUUUUGUCACACUUUGUGUUGUUGUGCUGGAACUAUCGUGCCGAUGAUGGACGUUUGGAUUUUGUCGCUGGAGGAGAAAAAAACGCAGACUCGCGUCAUUUUGCAGUUUUAGCAACCUUUCAGUUCCUGUUGCAGUGGCUUAUUGCUAAAUGUGGACUGAAGAGGAAUUUCUUACAUUGCACAUUUCUAGACAGUCUCCCUUCUUGACAAUCAGAGGCAAGCUGAGAAUCUUUAAUGGGAUAGUGUAGAUUAUUUUACAGGUGGGAUGAUUAAUAUACUUGUCAUAUCAGUGUUUGAAGGCACAGAUGGCUGCUGUGUUCAAACACUGUAAAAAAUGGGAGAAACGGCGAGCCUGGUUCUGUCCUGAGGAGAAAAUCGACAUACCGGCACUUUUAAAACCUGUCCUGUGCUGAACUAAAGUAAUCACGCCCUGGCUGUGGCUUCAUGUUUAGCUGACGUCACAGAGGAGAAAGUGUCAUCGCUAUUCUCAUCGAACCUCACCCUUGCUGGGGAAUUAAAGCGAUUUCCCUGAAAACUUGGUACUAUUUCUCUAAAAACUUGAUUAUCAGUCUAUUUUUAAUUCUUGAAGUAUGAAUUUUGCUUUUGCAGCACGUUCAAUGAUUCAGUGUGUUUCAUUUUAUUGUGAUCUUUGUAGCAUCGGUUUUAAUGUGCUGUCAAACUGCCGUGAUUUGAAAAGUUUAAUUUAUCUGAAGCUAAAUAAUGCAGUUGAAUAAAAUGUCAAAAAUGUAAACGCAUGUUGGGAAAAUCUCAACCACUGAUGAUGGUAUUGCUCUUUUAAAUGUCCUUAUUUCUUCUCUCUUUUAAAACAACUAAAGCUCAUCUCCUCUGUUUGGUGUCGUGGGGCUCUGAGGUUGUAAGUUGUUAGUUUUCUCGUCUUUCUCAGCUUAUAGAACUUUCUACUUUGUAAGGUAAAGAUGUCUAAAAAAAUGUCUUGUUGGUCUAUGACAAUUUAAUGGCCAAACAAAACAAUAUUAAACUCUGGAAAUGUUUAAUAUACAUAUAUUAACAUUUAUAUUUUUUCUUUUUUGUUUCUGGAAAUAUGAAGUUAUUUUUUCAUAGAGCUUAGGUGCUGAGCAACACACGUUACUGUACACCUUAACUCUUCUUCAUGUCAUAAAUCUUGCUUGAAGUGACAAACGGGUUACACUCACAAAAAAACACAGACUCUGACAGAUGAAGCAUUUGGCUGAAUUUCUGUGAUAAAUCCUGUACGGUCUUGAUCCCAAAUGGUAAUCCUGUUUCCCUGCUCUCUUAUACAGUAUAUUUAAACAGCGCUGGGGGGCAGCUUUCACACUUAUUACACACUAGAUUGUAAACCACUACGGUCUCUGUUUGUAGCUCUGGUAUCGAGCUGAUUGCGUAUGAAGGUUCAUAUCAAAUAUUACAAACAUGCUCUCGAGUACCAUUAACCAUUCAAAGGCGGCAUAAAAUAUCUUAUAUAUACACUGAAUAUAUAGACAUUUAUUGGUUUGGAUAUCUAUUAUAAUAGGCCAUGAUUGACAUAAGUGUCAAUCAUGUUGAGAAACUGAAACUAACGUCUCCAAGUGCAUCGGACAACUCAAACAGAAAAUAAUCUCCAACAAUCACAACAAACUCUCACAACUUUUUCUUUCAUAAGAUAUUUUAAAAUUUUUGAUUUGUCCCUAGAAGUCGCUUUUAUAUAACAAACUAGCAUGGUGAUAGAAACUGGUAGAGAGCCAAAAUUGCACAGUUUCAUUACAUACAGUGUCCCUCCAAGGCUCUUCAUUGGUAGACAAGAGGUCGAGGAGGGCUGUCACUUGACUUGUCAUCACAGAAAGCUUGUACCAAGAUUAUAUUAUUAUCUCUAGGGGUUUCUAUUCUACUACGCAAACACAGGGUCAAUUCAAAUUUUAAUCUUGUUAUGGCAAUGGAUAAAAUUAAUGGGCCCAGUAACUGUUACGCAGAGAAGAUGAACAGAAACAAAAGAAAAACCACAUGGUGACAUUUCAUCCUCCAAUAGCGAUUUAUUGUUUCAGAAUUUAUUUACAUUAUUAAUGUUAUUUGCUAGACUGAGAAACCGACUGACCAACUUUGUCACAGUUUAAGCUAAUUAUGCUACCAUGACUACAACCCUCUCUGGUCACAUCAUUUAGAUUCGUCACUUAGAUUACAUUAAUCCUCAAUAAAAAUGUUAAGCUAACAUUUAAAA